UGUUAUACCUAAUAUUUUUUGUUUAGCGCUAGAAUGCAAAUUAGUCGUCCUUGCUUCUAUUGGAAGCUUAUCAACAGGUAUGGCAUUCAAUUGUUUCGUCGCGUUUGUAAAUAUUUCACGAAAGUUCCAUCCGGCUUCGUGAAAUAUUUUUCGCGCUUCCAAUAUAUCUUUUUCAACUUCCGAUUUUUCUUCUGCUCCGAUUAAGAAAUUGUCGACGUAGCCUGCCUUUUUCAAUUUAUUAGCAGUGGAACUAUCAUAUUUGGCUAAAUGAUAGUCUACAGUCAUUCCUAAAAUAGAGGGAGAACAAUUUACGCCAAACGUUACUCUGGCGUAACGGAAUAUUUUUAAAUCAUCGUCAUUUUGUGACGAGGCUGGUUUUUUAACGUCCUUAAC